CGAACACGAUCGAUUUUCAAAUUUAAAAUGUUUUCGAAUACAGUGCUUAGGUGAAACAACUUUGUGAUACGUGAUACCAGUGUUUUGGAACGCAUUUGUGAAGGAUUGGUUAGUGACAGGCCCACAAAUAAAUUCAAAGGUAACUAACUGGCAUUUGAAUGAAUAAAGAGGCAACAUGCUGCAUGUUGCGUGUACAACAUGGUCCUAACUUGGCGUGUCGAUGGGUUGCAAGCUGACAUUCGUCGACGACAUUCUUAACAAAUCCUUCUACAAGCUCGGCUUGAUCGUGGGCCGGCAGCCUGGCUACUUCAUCAUCAUACCAGUACUGCUGACCCUACUCAUGAUCACCGGGUACCAGCGAGUCUACUACGAGAUGGACCCCGAGUACCUGUUCUCGCCGGUCCGGGGCCAGGGCAAGCUGGAAAGGAGAAUAGUCGAGGAGCAUUUCAAAGUCAAUUACAGCCACAGAUUUAACGUCGGGAGAAUUACUAGACCAGGGAGAUUCGGGCGUGUAAUCGUGGUCCCAAAAGACAACAACACCAACAUGUUGCGCACGGAGGUGUGGAAGGAGCUACGCGAACUGGACGAGCUGGUCCAGAACACCACGGUCACCUUGCCUUCGGGAGAAACCUUCACGUAUAGGGACGAGUGCGCGCGCUGGGAGGGCCAAUGCUUCGUUAAUGAUAUACUCAAUUUGGAUAAAAUUAUCGGCGAGGUGGAGCGAGGAGAGCUAAACCUGACAUUCCCCAUAAUGUUCAACCCUGUGACGUGGGAGGCACAUGCGUUCCCCGUCUUCUUCGGAGGUUCGAAGGUGGUAGACGACAUUAUCGUGUCAGUGCCGGCUGUUCAGCUCGUAUGGUUCGUGAGGACUGACACCAAAGUACAGCAGCAACGGGGUGCAGCGUGGGAGGACGCAUUUCUGGAUGCAGUCGGAGUGGCAGAAGAUACAGGACGAUUCAAGCACAUAUCAGUGGCACGAUUCGCUUCACGAACCCUUGACCAUGAGCUGGAGAAAAACACGAGAACUGUUAUACCAUUUUUCAGCUCCACCUUCAUACUGAUGGGGAUAUUCUCCAUCGUGACGUGUAUGAUGGGAGAUUGGGUCCGGUCCAAACCCUGGCUAGGGCUGUUGGGAAACAUAUCGGCUGUGAUGGCCACGGCUGCGGCUUUCGGCUGUGCUAUUUACUUGGGCAUUUCAUUCAUUGGCAUCAACUUGGCUGCGCCGUUUUUGAUGAUUGGUAUCGGCAUAGACGACACGUUCGUGAUGCUGGCGGCAUGGCGCCGAGCGUCUCCGAAGCUGCCAGUCCCCGAGCGCAUGGCAGUCAUGUUGUCUGAAGCAGCAGUGUCCAUCACCAUCACUUCCGUCACAGACAUGCUGUCCUUCUUCAUAGGGAUCUUCUCUCCCUUUCCUUCCGUCCAGAUCUUCUGCAUGUAUUCUGGGUUAGCAGUAUGCUUCACAUUUGUGUGGCAUCUGACAUUCUUCGCUGGGUGCGUCGCUGUAUCAGGGUACAGAGAGAAACAGAACCGCCACACCAUCACUAUGUUGCAGGUGUUGCCAGAAUCUAGAGCAAGGAAAGAAGAAAGGUCAUGGCUAUACAGAGUAUUCUGUAGCGGUGGUAUAGACCCGGCUGACCCAGACAAUCCAAUAGACAAUAAGGAGCACUGUAUUAUGGCGUUUUUCAAGACUACAAUGGCCGAUUUGCUAAACAAUAGUGCUGUGAAAGCCCUUGUUCUGGUCGUGUUUUUAGCCUACCUUGCGGGGGCGGGGUAUGGUGUAACGAAUCUUCAGGAAGGACUGGAGAGACGGAAGCUAUCUAAAGAAGACUCGUAUUCGGUGGAAUUCUUCGACCGAGAAGACCUUUAUUACAGAGAAUUUCCAUACAGGAUUCAGGUUGUAAUAACCGGUCAAUAUAACUACUCUGACCCUAAAAUUCAGGACCAGGUUGAAGAAUUGACAAAAAGUUUGGAGAAUACUUCGUAUAUAUCAAAUUCCUUGUACACUGAGUCUUGGCUGAGAACGUUCGUCGACUAUGUGUCCAGGAACAAUGACUACCUAAACGUUACAAUAGAAAAUGAAACUGACUUUAUUCACAAUCUAAAGGAGUUAUGGCUAUUCCCUGCGAAUCCGUUCUCACUAGACGUAGAAUUCAAUGAAGCCGGAGACCGGAUAGUUGCGUCGAGGUUCCUAAUCCAAGCCGUGAACAUCAGCGGCACCAACCACGAAAAAGAGAUGGUCAAAGUACUCAGAGACGUCGUCAAACAGUCACCGCUAAAUGUUUCUGUAUUCCAUCCUUAUUUUGUCUUCUUCGAUCAGUUCGAGCUGGUAAAACCAACAUCCAUCCAGAAUUUAAGUUAUGGUGCACUUAUGAUGAUGAUCACGUCUUUCAUAUUCAUCCCCAACAUUCUAUGUUCUCUGUGGGUUGCCUUCAGUAUCGUCUCCAUAGAAAUCGGCGUCGUCGGGUACAUGGCGCUCUGGGACAUAAAUCUAGAUUCCAUAUCCAUGAUCAACCUUAUCAUGUGCAUCGGAUUUUCCGUUGAUUUCACCGCACAUAUUUGUUACGCGUACAUGUCAUCCAAGGCAAAAUCUACCAACGAAAGGGUCAGCGAGUGUCUAUACUCCUUAGGACUCCCAAUAGUCCAAGGAUCUUUCAGCACGAUACUCGGAGUGGUGGCUUUACUUUUAGCCGACAGUUACAUCUUCUCAGUGUUCUUCAAAAUGGUAUUCAUGGUCAUAUUCUUUGGUGCAAUGCACGGACUUUUCCUUUUACCAGUGCUCCUGUCUUUGUUCGGGCCAGGAUCAUGCACCAAACAGAAAGAUAUCAAGAUGGGCAAAUCUGAAAAGUUUCCUCAUCCAUACUGUAUACCGCACCCCCAAUUGGUUUUGAAUGAUCAAAUAUUCAAUGGUAAAACUUUAAAUCCAAACGGAGUAUAUAAAAUUUAUGGAGACGAUAAAGACUUGGGUAUCGGAACGUCGGGCGAAGAUACCAGCGAAAGCAGUUCUAACCAAUCUCAGCGCAGGCAAACAGGAGAUGAUGACAACGGACGAAAAAAAUAUGAAGACGGUUGGAAGCGAUCGAGCUACUGCCAGGGCGGGAGUCAAUUCCAACCUUCAGGAGAAUUGGAACUUUAUGGACAGGAGAUGGAUAGAAGUUGGCAAAGGCAAAGGUACGAAGAUAAUCGCAGAAUAUUUGACAACCAUCGCAAAGUUCCCAGAUCAAGAGACGACGACUGGGUGUCGUCAACUCGCAAGUCCAGCGACUCGGGGCCUCGUCACGAGGGCACCUACAGAGUGAUGCGAGCGCACUCGCACCACAACCUGCAUCGACCCCGCGCGCCACGACGAUCCAACUCGCACCAGAAUCUAGACCACUUAGAUUAUGUUGCUGAAAUGAGAUUCCCUUGACGAAGGCUUUUUUUUAAAGUGUAAUUCAUAUCAUAAUAAUGUGCUCAAUUUGUGGACCAAAGUAUACAAUACUACACGUUCUAAUUUCGAACGUUACUAAUCUAGAUAGGAACACAUGUAUUAAAGAUUGUGUAAAAUAGUAAUUGGCAGCUUUGUUCAUUACAAAUACAAAACAUUGUUUUUGUGAGAACAUGGACAUAAAAGAGAAACAGUCGAAAAUUGUAUAAAUCGCUCAAAUUGCUCGUUCUUAUAUAUAGAUAUGUAGGAUAAGAAAAUGAUAUUAUUUAGUUUAGAUAGGUAAAAUAAAAAUGUGACAGCAUCCAUUUUUUUUAUCUACUGUCCUGUCCCAGUUUUAGACGACGCAGUUUUUUGAUAUAAUAAAAGAGAAUGCAAAAUAUUUUAAAAUAAUUUAUUUAAAAAUACUAGUUCCUACGACGCGGCGUAUUUUGGGUCCAAUUGAACUCUGCUAAAAAAAUUUACUUCAUAGAAUAGUACUGUAAAGUAUUGGAUUUAUGUAAUCAAGAAAUCUAUUUUUAAUCAUACAAUAUUUAGUCGAAUUGACCCUUUAUAUUUACAAAUUUCAGUCUGUAAUUUGUAUAAUCUAAUUUGGCAGUUAAAGAUUUAAGAUUUUUUUGUGUGAUAUAAAUCUGGGUACCUAUUUUAAGUUAUGUUCUAUCGGAUGUGUACAUAUAAGUGUGUUAUACAUAGGCUAAGUCUUGGUGUUAUAUAUAAAGCUUUAAGGUAAUUUGUCUACAGUAGUUUGCUGUUCAUAAUUUGUGUUAUAUCUGUAAGAUCCUGAUAUAUUUUGCUGCCAUCUUGUACUUUUACUUAUUUGACAGAGUUUACACGCAAAAUCGUUGUUAUUCAAAAGUGAUAAAUAUAAUAUUUAUUUAUAUUUAUCGCAUUCCGAAAAGAGGCAAAUAUUUAAAUGAAGAUAAUAUUUAUCAGUAUUCUGUCUAUAGAUAAAUGUAUAAAAGCCAUCACUGUUGGAAAUAAAUUUAUCUUUUUAAUAUAUACGCCAUAACAUAUAUUAAUUGAUGUAACAUGUGCGUACAAACUUCGUACAAGCAUGUAAACUUUGUCAACAUUGACUAUUAAAUUAUGUAAUUCGAAAAAUACAUAAAAUCCCACUUCUGAAAUGCAGAUUCAUUCAUACAAUAUAGGAUAAUCGCCAUUGCAUUUUGUGGUAAUAAGAGUUUUGUAUGGAUGAACUAAUGUGUGACCCGUUAGGUCAACAAUCAUGACUGAUAUUGUAAAUAUGAACUUGUUAUGAAAUAAAUAGGUUUUGAUAAGA